GCGCGAGGAGGAGACGAGGAAAAACCGAGAGAGAGAGAGAGAAAGAGAGAGAGAGAGAGAAAGAAGCACGACGUGUGAGUGUCGAGUGAGUAGAGUGAUAGAGAAACAUAUAUACGUAUAUCGAGAGCGUGUGAGAGUGAGCGAGUGAGAACGAGAGAGAGAGAGAGAGAGAGAGCGAGCGAGCGAGCGAGAGCGAAUGAGAGAACGCGAGGAGGUACCGUGAUUUCGAGAAAAAUCUCGCGGCGGCCUUUUUCCCGACGUUCCUUGAACCGCGCUUUCGAGAGAGCCGCUAAAAAAAGAUUCUGCGCGAGGUGCACAUUACGCAGAAGGAAAGGAAAAGAAAGAGGAAAAGAGAGAGAGAGAGAGAGAGAGAGAGAGAGAGAGAGAGAAGGAAAGAUCUAGAAGAUCUAGAAGCAUUGGUCGCGCGAGCAAACGCGAGAGAGAGAGUGCGUGUCGGGUAUCCAAAAACGGACGGCGGGUUCGAACGGGUCCAGAAAAUGGACUCGCCUGUCAUCGUGGAUGCGACAUCCAAAUUCGGACAAGCUAUCGAUCUGGACCGCUGCUCGUUCCCCGGUUUCCCGUUCGACGAGGUCGCCGACGUUCUUGAGCGCCCGCGCGGCGACGGCAUCCGCGCGCAUCUGGACGACCUUGCGGCGCGUCACCCCGAGUUCGCCGAGCACCUGCGCGGUCCGCCUUGGCCGUUCGGCGGCUCCCUGUUGCGCGACCGCCGCCGCCGACGUUGCGGCUCCGGUUGUAGCAGCAACGACGACCAGCAGCAAGGUCAGCAGCAUCAGGUGGACGAGGACGCGCGCAGCCAGGCGAGCGGUAGCAGCGCCGCGAGUGGUGCGAGUGCCGUCAGCUCGCACAGCGGCGGCGGCAGCAAAGGCGGCGAGCAGCACGACCUGACGUCAUCGUCCGCGAUACCGCAGUACGGUCUACGCAACACGGUGGACAUAGGCCAGCAGCAGCGUCGCCACGACAUGGAGGCGAGCCCGGAGAAGGGCGAGCGCGGCCAGCGCUCGAUGUCGGCACCGCCGGAGAGCUGGCAGCAGCAGCAGCAGCAAGGCCAAGAUCAGCAGCCGCCGCAAGGCCAAAGAUUCGUGUCCCGAGUGGACAUUACGCCGCAGCACAAUCAGCAACAGCAACGCGCCCAGUCGCCCGCUAAACCGGCCAGCAAUGUCCGACACAUCCCCAUCUUUGUGGAGGGUCGCGACGUGCCGGUGAUGCCAAAGAUUCCGGCCGACGACGCGCCGCCGUCCACCUUCCAGCAGCACCACCACCAGCGGCAACCGUCGCCGCCGACCCACCACUUCGACAGAUCGUCGCCGCCGGCGCACCACUUCCACAGACCCUCGCACUUCAACGAACGCUUCAACCGGCAGCAGCAGUGGCCACCGUCGCACUUCCAGGAUGCGUUUUACAAGCCGGCAGGUUUUGAACAACCGACGCGACGGCAACAGCAGCAACAUCAACAGCCGCAAUACUAUUAUCAGCAGCCUCAGUAUCAUCACCAGCAGCCACAGCAGCCUCAGCAGCAUCACGAGCAACACCAGCAACAUCCACAGUAUCAUCAGGAACAGCAACAGCAGCCGCCGCCGCCGCAGCAGCAGCAGCAGCAACAACAACCACCACCACAACAACAAGAAGAAAUACCAAAACCAAAGCCUCCAGUGCCAAAGGAUCCCCUGGAAAAAGUUGCUCAGGUGCAAAAGGAAGUGGACAAUCUCGCUGAGCAGGUACAACGUUACGUCGGUAAUUCCCGGCAAGACAAGGAGUACAUGUACCUGGACGAGAUGCUGACGCGCGAAUUAAUCAAGCUGGACGACAUAGAGACGGAAGGUCGGGAGAAUGUGCGGCAGGCGCGCAAGAACGCCAUCAAGAGCAUACAGGAUACCAUCAGUCUGCUGGAGUCUAAAACACCGAUCGCCAACCAGCAGGAGCAACAAUCCACCGCGAGCGAAGAGGUCCAGGAGAAGGACCAGGGGGGACAAGAGGCCUCGCAGGUUCCCGAGCCUAUGGAGAUAGACGCGAAGCAGGAGAAGCCUAGCAACGAGCCAAUACCGCUUCCGCCGGCGCCAUCGUCGCCGACGAAGACGAAAGCGGAAUCCUUGGAAAGUGAAAGUGCGGCAACGGCUGCCGAAUCUGCGAGUCCAAGCGCGGUGCCUCCUGUCGAACAGAGUGCCGAGCAGAAAACAGAAAAUUUAAUAGCGGAAAAUACGAAACAGCCUGUCGCACCUGUGUCAACGGAGGAAUCGACAAAAUGCGCGGACGAAACGAGCAAGAAAUCAAAGCCGAGCGGAAAGGAUGGGGAGCAACAAAAGGAUGGCGACGCGUCGCGAACGAAGACGGAGAAUAAACACGCGGCGUCGAAGCAGCAAACGAAGGAGGCGACAGAGGGAAAGACGGGGGCGAACGACGAGUCGCCGAGGUUGCAGAAGAAGACGAAGAAGACGAAGAAGAAGGAGCAGCAACAGCAGCCGGUAUCCGAGCAGGCGAUUCCGCUGCCGCCACCGCCGACGGAGAGCGCGAAAUAAAAACGGAACGCUGAAGAAGUGUCAUAUUGUCGAACGUGGGUCCUAACGUGGACACGACUCGACGGAGUCCGCGAAUGAGAGAGAGAAAAGAAUUUCGUGGGUCGUAAAGAAACCAAGAUCGACUGGAAGGGGGGUUCCGUGAAUCGCGAAGGAACACUGACGGUGAAGGAGUUUCGAAGGACAUCGAAUUGCCGCAGACACCGCGAAGUGGCUUGACUGAUUUACAUUAAAGCGCCGAACGCCGCUAUCUUUUCUUACUUUUUCCGAGCUCCCGAACUAGAAUCAAGCGCUUGAGCCGAGCAACGAAAUCGAAUCCUUCGGUCCCGCGAGUCACUCGUCAUUACCUUAGGACGAGGCUUUCCUCUUUUUAUAGAAUAAUCGCGAGCGAGAACGGGCUAGAAGCGGUACCGGCCGUAAGUUUGCUGGCUUCCUCAGAGAAAACGGCCUUCGAUUUGAAGCUCUUAAGUGGCCGCGUGUUUCGUUAUACUUUUUCAACACUAAGGAAGAAUCCAUGUCGGAAUACGCGUAGCGAGCGAAUUUUUUCUCUCUGUCGAUGAUAUGUAAUCCUUACUUUUCUUCUAAUUUAUUUAUGAUUUGCGAACUCGUGGAUAAUUGUAAGAUAAACGGAGACCGCGUCUGACUCGCACGAGAUGGACUCGAAAUCGCGAUCGGAUAAGAUUGAAGUCUCAUCGCGAGUCCAGGCGCGCAACGUUGAGAACACCAUAAAAGGAGAGACGUAGUAUUGCUGUAUUUCCACCUGUCGAGCAGAUCAAUUCGACACAUCGUAAUAUCGUACUGCAGGCAUUCACUCAAAAUAAUUCACGUACAAAAGCGCUAAGUUAUUGACUGUACGUAAAUAAAAUAUGUAAUUUUUGUACAAGUUGUAGAAUGCAGGACAAAGCCGUAUAUGCAUUUUAUAAAGUAAUAUACGGAUAGAGAGUAUAAAUGAAAUGAACAGAUUGGACUCUCGAAAAUAUAAACAAUAAAAUGACGUAUGGGCGGUGAGAGGAAAACAUGCGGCUAGUGUUGCGUGAAUUUGAUCAUCAAUCAUAUUCAUUUGAUAAUCCAAAUCGUGAAUUGUUCGCAUAAAGUGUUGCGUAUCGAGCUCUGUUACUCGAGUCGGAGAAUUUCGGUUUUUCUUCACAAAUCUUCCGCUCUUUACGCCGUGACACAGGAGAGUUGGUCUGUUUGGCAGGUAUAUAACGACGUUGUACUCAAUAUAGCAUGACUUAGAGCAUGCGCGUGACGACAGUGAUGACGAUAAGUUAAUAUUGAUUUCUAAUUUAUUGUAUGCCUGCCCGCGAGAUGAUUUCAUGUUCGCGAGUGUGCUUGUUGUUGACGCUAAUAAUUUUCCGCGUAUCGCGCGCACAUCUGCCGAUACAAAGUGGCACGGGACACGCGAAUGAGGCAUAUGUCCGCGUACAAACUUUAGAAUCAUAAAUAUCCGUUGAGAACGUCGAUGUGUGUACCGUCCCUCAUUUCUUCUUCCUAAACUUAUCCAGGAUGUGUUCCGCGACGUACGUUAAAAUUCGCGCGUGUGAAAUUUAGUGCAAAUUAAAGUCAUUUCUCUCUUAAAAGUUGCCGGACGUUAGUUUUUUUUUCCACAAGUGAUCAAUAGUGACAUCGAUUACUGGUUCUCCGAGAUCACCCCGAUAUUUUUGUACACAAUCCUGGUAAAAGAAAAAAAAAUAGCAUAUUAUUCUUGAAGUAUUUCCGUAGAAUACAGUCGUAGAAUAGAAUUAGAAGAUCAAAAUUCGAAUCUGUGUGUGAGGCUCAAAAUACAGAUGUUUAAACAAAGAGAAAUCGAAAGGAAUGCUGUUUGUGUUGAUUCACUUUGUGAUCGCCUCAAGGCGCAUCGACUCUUCCUUUCUUUUUUUUAUAAAUUUCGCAAUUCGAAACCGCAAAGUUUGCUCUUUGCGCUUUUCGAUUAGCGCCCAAUUUAAAAAGAGAAAGGAAACUUUGACCACCUCUACUGCCCCCCCCCCCCCUCUCUCUCUCUCCUUAACAUAAGCAGGUAUUUCUUGAAGCUGGAGGCCGUAACUGACCUAAGAUAAACUGAGAUAAGAACACCUGUUAUAUCAUUGUUCGCGGAAAUUAUGUAAUGGUUUUUGCGGCGAGGAUAAAAAAUUGGUUCGUGCUCCUUAAAAACACAUUCGUCGCGGGACACCCUGUAUACUGCGUUCCAGAUUUAGCGUCCGUUUAGAAUUCUCGAGACGUUUCGGAUACGCGACGCUCGAGAAAAGUCCACUCGAAUCGCCCGUGAUCCGAGCCUCGAGUAUAUUCGAAGGUUUGCACCGGCGGGGACUUCGAAGUUCUUCAAGGAAGUUUGUCCUCCCAUCUCCCACUUUAUUUAUCCUUUUACGGAGAGACGCGAAACGGGGGACGGCGAGGGCAACGCAUUGUUUUUUUUUUCGGUUUCUCCUUUAUAUAGUGUGAUACUUCGUUUAGCUUCACCUUCUGUUCUCUCCCUAGUGUCUAUUUUCCUUUCGCGUAUCUGUACACUAUUUUUCAGCCGGAAAUUUUGUAUUUUUUCUGAUACGAGAGAUAAGAGAGGAUGAGAUUAUGUAUGUGUGUAUGUGAGAAAGGAAGAAGCGCGUCUGAUCAAAAUAUACAUAUGUAUACAUAUAUGAAAUGAAAGUGUGACUAUUUUAUGAGAUUGAUCAGUGAAAAUACAAAGCCUGCUCUAUCUUA